GGAACCGCUAUUUUCCGCCUCGUAAUCACCGACUCACUGAUGUUGCAUACGCCGCGCCACCGCCUCAAUUCCGGCUGUCGUGGAUUCAACGCUGGGGACUCCCUAAACACUUGUUUCGGGUCUAACCUUUAACUAUUUCCUGCAUUUGGGUGUAGAAGAUGGGCGAGUUCUCCAUAGCUAAUUCACCAUAUACUUACAUAAACGACUCUGAUUGGCCUUCCGAAGCAGUCGGAGUUCACCAUGUUGUUGUCCGGAAGAGUUUUCUACGGAGACUCUGUGUACCCCUAACUGCUGUUUCUCUUCUGGCAAAUUCUGUAUAUCUGUUCCUUGUAAAGGAACAAUCGGUAUCUGUUCUUUGCUGGAGCUUUCUCUUGACUGGAUUCCUACUCAUAUUGUCUCUUUGGAAGCCUGUUUAUAAAGAAUCUGUCAUUAUUAUGCCAGCAUUUGGAGUUCAGCUUGAAACUCAUUAUUCAAGUGGAAGAAUUGUUCGCAGUUUUGUUCCUGUAGGCAAGAUUUUGAAACCUGUGUUGCUGGAGUGUGUGACUCCUGUAACUUGUUACUGGAGCCUCUCUUUGAUUGUACGAGGGGAAGAAGAGCUGAUGUUGGUAUUUAAGGAGCUCCAUCCUCCAUUGAAGAUUUUGGUUCCCAUCUGGAAGGCCUUAUGUGCUGCCAUUGAUUACAGAGGAAAGCCAGAUGCAUUUAGAGAAGAUGGUUGAUGCCACAGAAGGUUUCUCAUUAGCAAAUGUGAUGCACAAGACUUAUCAACGAAACACGUGCAGAGUCUCACCAAGCUCAAUAAUUUAUCCAUUCCAUAGAAGAUCAUGAUUGCUUUAAGGUGCAUUGGCUUGGAAAGGGUUCCUCCUACUAUUCCAAAGAUGAAAAGGUCAAAAAAGUGAAUAUCUUUUUCCUGUCUGCUCCAGUAAUUGUGUAGAACUCUGAUCUUGGUGUCCAAUAUUACUACGUUGAAACCAACCUUAGUGGCUGUAUACUAGUUCACGCGUUUUGCCGACUAAUGCUAUCAUUUGAGAUUAAUGUUGUCAUUCUUUUAUCAUCAAAUCAAUGCUAACAAUUUUU